CGUUGCAAAUUUAACUAAGUUCUAAAGCAAUUUGCGAAGUUUGAUUACCCAUUUUAGCAACUACGGGAGAGUGUGGUGAUUUUUUAAUUUCUGCUCUAGUUACCGUAACCGUGACGCUUGCGUCAUCAAGCUGACGUGCGUCAAGAUUCUUUGUUUUAGCAGACAAGUAAAUUAAUUAAUUAAUUAAUUUAGCAUCACGGUUAUAGUGUGUGGUGGAAAAGCGUUAGAUUACAACUGUGAACGAAUCGAGACUGGCAGUUUUAUUUUGUGAGGUUAGGUUAACCAAUUGUAGAAAUUUUAAUAAGUUCGAACGAGGUGUCACAAUGUCUCUGAUCGAUGAAACAUUCGCAACAGGUGGGAGGUUUUCAUGGAAAAACGCGCAACACUGUAAAUUCGCUUGUGGAACCACCAAAAUUGAACCGUACUUCUGCAAAGAAUGCGAUUUUAAAACCGAACUGGCGAUUGUGUUCAGACAACACUUUAACACACACCACGGCCUUAAAAUAGAACCCAGCGAUAUUGUAUCAAGUGAUGACUUCACCAUAGAAAAGUACGUUUGUGAAAAAUGCGACUUUGAAACAAAUUUCGCGUUGAAGUGGCUUCAGCAUACUUUGGAAUGCAAGACGAAUAAAAGCAGUCCUCCAAAUGUGACUUGUUUGACUGACGAAAUACGUUGGCACUACUGUGCGAAAUGUCCCUACAAGGCUGAAUUUCAAAUUGAUUUGCGACGUCACAGACACAAAGUCCAUUUUAAUAAAUGGCACGCUUGUGACAAGUGUCCCUAUAAAAGUAGAUACAAAACGGACGUGAAAAUCCACAUAAAUCGGAUCCAUUUAGGGGAUGAAGAGGCUGAAUGGCACCAGUGUGACAAAUGCCCCUAUAAAACUAGAGCAAAACGGAAUUUAAAAAAACACAUAACUUUCGUGCAUUUGGACGACGAAGACGUUAAAUGGCACCAAUGCAGCUACUGUCCAUACAAGAGCAGAAUAAAAAGUAACUUAAAAACACACAUAAUUUCUUUACAUUUGAACGAAGAAGAAGUUAAAUGGUACAAAUGUCCUACUUGUUCGUAUAAAUGUAAAAUAUUAAGUGAUUUAAAACAACAUAUAAUUGUACGACAUUCUGAUAUCAAAUCAUACCAGUGCCAAUUUUGUCCAUACAAGGCGAAAUUAAAAAAUUAUUUAAACCGUCACAUGAAAUGUCGGCAUUCUCACCGAGACGAUGUUAAAUGGUAUGAAUGCGACCAGUGCCCACUCAAAACCAGGACGAAAUCGAGUUUAAAAGAACACGUAAAAUCGGUUCAUUUGAUUAAGGGUGUUGAAUGGUUUGAAUGCAAUCAGUGUCCAUUCAAAACCAAAGUCAAAGGGUCGUUGAAGAAACACGCAGCUGCGAAACAUGUAAACGAAGAAAAAAUUAAGCGUGACAAUUCAGAAAAAACAGAAUGGUACGAAUGUGCGGACUGUUCGUAUAAAAGUGACGAAAAAAGCACGUUGAAGAUACAUAUAAAUCUGUACCAUUCAGAUAUCAAACCAUAUGAGUGCAAAUAUUGUCCAUAUAAGGCUAAGUUGAAAAGUUAUUUAAACAACCAUGUGAAAAACCGCCAUUCGGAUGGAACGAAUGUCAAAUGGUACAAAUGUGAACAGUGCAAUUUUAAAACUAAAUAUUGUUCGAAUUUUCGUAAACACAAAAAAGUACACGUGUAGGAUAUAGUUUCCUGGCAAUGGGUUGUUGUAGUGUUAAUAUAGAAGGUGUAAAUCCCCUGUAUUUUUAUUGUAUGUAGUUAAAUUUCGAUCCGGAAUAAAA